GAAUCUUUAAAACUAGCUUACAUGACACUCGACGCCGCUCCUGUUUUGUUUAUGUUCUGAAUACAUAUUUUUAUAUAAAGCACUCUGUUGGGCUCAGGUGGGCAAUUUACCUUACACAUUACCUCAGAGGGGACAGUAUUGAAUGCGUUACGAGUGAACAGCUCCCUUGUCGGUCUGUCGGUCGGUUGUUUUUGAGUGAACAUCGCUCGCUGUGGAGAAUGUUUUCUGCCUGUGUCGCGCGCGCUCACACACGCGCGCACGCAUACAUGCACAGCGCAGCAAGCGCGCGAAAGAAGUGAAGCGCAUCCGCCGAAGCAGCAGCAUCGGAGUUGCACGGAUAUCCUCACUCGGAUUGCUUUUACAUACCGCCACCUCACCUAUGCGCUUUCCACAUAGGGAUGCAACUCCUCAACUGCCUGGAAUAUAUUCGGCUGUUACAUUCGCAAUAGCGGUUGACUCAAAUCAGAGCGCGCGCACCUCUGCGUAACGCACAGGCGGUUGAUUGUUGUGUGCGCAUUUGGUGGUCUAUUGGAGGUGAAAGGAAGGAUUGGGUCGGAUAGGAUUUGAUAAGGACCUGUGCGGAACACUAACAGGGGAAGCAGCUCAGUUUAUAACCCCUGCGACUGGACACCCUCUGGUUUUACGCAUCAUUUCUACUCUCGAGAUCGAGUGCGCGUGAGCCUCUACAAUUGCAUAUCAUGUCUUUUCUCUUUGACUGAUCGCAACAUCCAAGAGGAACCUAAAGACUGCGAUGCCAGGACAGUGAGAAGGUGGAUCUCAGUUGUUCGGUAGCAUGGCUCCGUCCCGGAGGGACUGCAGAUGUGACAUGAUCUUUCUGUCGGGAUGCCUACUCCUGUCCGUCUGGGGAUUUCAACCUGCAUUGGCGAAGGUUUGCAACGAUUACACAAGGCACGGCCUGGACAACAACUGGUACAUGAGGGAUGGUGAGAAGUUGCCCAUCAUGGUCCUGAUGCCGAUGAAUGAAUCAGCGCUGAUGAGCAGCAUCAGUCAAGGCAUCGAGCCGGCCGUUCAGCUGGCCAUCCAGCACAUCCGCGAGUCCAGGCAGUACUCCUUCUCACUCAUCACCAAAAUCUACGACACUGAGUGUGACAAUGCAAAGGGAUUGCGGGCCUUCUUUGAUGCAAUCUGCUACGGUCCUAAACAUUUGAUGAUCUUUGGAGGCGUGUGUCCAUCGGUGACUUCAAUCAUCGCUGAAUCGUUGGAGGGGUGGAACCUCGUGCAGCUUUCUUUUGCGGCCACAACUCCUGUCCUGGCAGACAGGAAAAAGUAUCCAAAUUUCUUCAGGACGGUCCCGUCGGACAAUGCUGUAAACCCCGCUGUGGUGAAGUUUCUCAACUUCUACAACUGGAGCAGAGUGGGAACCCUGACCCAGGAUGUCCAGCGCUUUUCUGAGGUGCGGAAUGAUUUGACCAAUGAGCUGGAGAAGGCAGACAUCCAGAUUGCAGACACUGAGAGUUUCUCUAAUGAUCCCUGUGUGAAUGUGAAGAAACUGAAGGACAAUGAUGUUCGGAUCAUCAUCGGUCAGUUUGAUGAGAAUCUGGCUGCUAAAGUCUUCUGCUGUGCUUAUAAUCUGAACAUGUAUGGCAGUAAGUAUCAGUGGAUCAUCCCAGGAUGGUAUCAGGGGAACUGGUGGGAGCAGGCAAACUCCACAAACUGCACCACUAAGAAGCUGCUGACAGCCAUGGAGGGCUAUAUCAGUGUGGACUUCGAGCCCCUCAGUGCCAAACAGAUUAAAGGAAUAUCAGGAAGAACGCCACAGGAGUACGAGAGGGAGUACAACCGGGAGCGAGAGCAGAAAGGAGUGGAGGCCAGCAAGUUCCACGGCUUUGCCUACGAUGGCAUCUGGGUGAUUGCGAAGACCCUCACACGUGUCAUGGAGCUCCUCAGACACAAGGAGAGUGUCGACAUGUACCAUAACUUCACGGUGGAUGACCGAGAGGUGGGCAAGAUGGUCCUGGAUGUGAUGAACGAAACCAACUUCUUUGGAGUGACGGGUCAGGUGAUGUUCAGGAACGGGGAACGCAUGGGAACCAUAAAAUUCACCCAGUUUCAAGAGGGUCAAGAGGUGAAGGUGGGCGAGUACAAUGCCAUUGCAGAUAUACUGGACCUUAUCAACAACACCAUCAGGUUCCAAGGUGUUGAACCACCGAAGGAUCGGACGUUUGUGCGUCUGCAGCGCCGGCAAAUAAACGUCCCCCUCUACAGCAUCCUGUCUACCAUCACUAUCCUGGGCAUGCUCAUGGCAGGAACCUUCCUCUUCUUUAACAUCAAAAACCGCAACCACAGGCUGAUCAAAAUGUCGAGUCCCUAUAUGAACAACCUGAUCAUUCUGGGUGGCCUGCUGUCGUACGCCUCCAUUUUCCUCUUUGGUCUGGAUGGAUCUUUUGUGUCAGACAAGGAGUUUGAGACCCUCUGUACUGUCCGUACAUGGAUCCUCAUUGUGGGUUACACAACAGCGUUUGGAGCCAUGUUUGCGAAGACCUGGAGAGUGCACGCCAUCUUCAAGAAUGUAAAGAUGAAGAAGAAGAUUAUCAAGGACCAGAAGCUCUUUAUCAUCGUGGGUGGGAUGUUGCUGAUUGAUUUGUGCAUUCUCAUAUGCUGGCAGAUCGUGGAUCCCCUGAAGAGAACUGUGGAAGAGUACAGCUUGGAGGCGGAUCCUCAGGGACGAGACAUCGCAAUCCGGCCCUUCCUGGAGCACUGCGAGAACACGCACAUGACCAUUUGGCUGGGGAUUGUCUAUGCCUACAAAGGCCUCCUUAUGUUGUUUGGAUGUUUUUUGGCCUGGGAGACCAGAAAUGUGAGCAUUCCAGCCCUGAACGACAGCAAGUACAUCGGUAUGAGUGUGUAUAAUGUGGGCAUCAUGUGUAUCAUUGGGGCAGCAGUGUCCUUCCUGACCCGAGAUCAGCCUAAUGUGCAGUUCUGCAUCGUGGCACUGGUCAUCAUCUUCUGCAGCACCAUCACGCUGUGUCUGGUGUUUGUGCCAAAGUUUAUCACAAUGCGAACAAACCCGGAUGCUGCCACACAAAACCGGAGGUUAAAGUUCACCCAGAACCAGAAGAAGGAAGAUUCCAAGACUUCCACCUCAGUAACCAGUGUUAACCAGGCCAACACUUCCCGUCUGGAUGGACUACAGACAGACAACCACCGCCUGCGAAUGAGAAUUACAGAGCUGGAUAAGGAACUGGAAGAGGUUACCAUGCAACUCCAGGACACUCCAGAAAAGACUCCGUACAUUAAACAAAACCACUACCAAGAUGUCAACAAUAUCCUGAGCAUACGCAACUUCACUGACGGCAAAGAUGGAGAGAAAUCUCUGAAGAACCACUUAGAGCAGAAACCUCAAGCUCAGUGGGGAUCCAUGGAUCCUUCUAGGAUAAGCAGAGGUCCACUAGAAGACAUCAACUCACCAGAACACAUACAGCGCAGGCUGUCCCUGCAGCUGCCGAUCCUGCAUCACGCCUAUCUACCCUCCAUAGGAGGGGUGGACGCAAGCUGCAGCAGUCCCACGAGCAGCCCGGCCUCCAGCCCGCACCACAGACACAUGCCCCCCUCCUACAGGGUUAUGGUGUCCUGGCCUGUGAGCCUUACCACUGCCCUGCACUGCACUCCGAGGAAGCGAUCAGCUUUUUUUUAAAGACAGACUGAGCAAUAUCAGCAGUUAACAGAAGCGUGUGAGCAACCUGGGGUGGGGGGGUCCAACUCUUUAUCCAUCCGUGACCCCCCUCCCACCAUCCAUGGCCACAUCAGAGCAGAACUGAUCUUUCAGGCUAGGAGGGAGGUGACCGGAGGUUCUCACAGAGCAACCCAACCCAGACUCCCAUAAUCUAUGUCCCGUCACCUCCCGUUCCUAACUCGAUGGACUCAACGCCCCCACACCCUCCACCCCAAAGGGCAGCGUGGAUCAAUGGAGGACAGGAGCUGUAGCCUUAGCUGCUAAAAAAAAGAGACGCUUCCGCCGGCAGCCUUUCCACGAAAUUCGUGCACAUUGGUUCUGCUGAAACUUGCGGGAAAGGGGCAGCGGAUGUGACCAAGGACUCCUCCUCUUUAUUCAACACGUCAACAGCCAUGUAAAUACCAUAUUUGAACAUCAAAGUGAGCUCUGAAUAUGCUGUGAAAUUAAUUAUUCGGAUGAAGCCUGGUGCUCCGUAGAACUUUACUAACAGUCGACGAACCAGGAACAAACACUUACGACGUUGCAAACCGGUAUGAAUUUGUUGUAUUGCUUCAAUGUCCCAAUGGUGUGAAAAAGUGGUUAAUGGUAAAUAAGACUAUUAGUGUCUCAAUUUUUUGUUAAAGAUAACAAGGGAGUGUUUCAGGGUAACGCGGGCCAACUGUUCUCACCUGGAUAGACGUGUACCACACAUUGUUUUUCAAAAACAGCUAGCAUCAUGUAGGAAUGUCCUGGUAACAGAGUAUCGAAAGUACCACUUUGGUUUAUCGCAAGUAAUGUCACGUUAGAGGUUGCGCAACUGCGACCUCAAAAGAGCCACAGGUCCAGCCGAAAGGGAUGCAAGAGACAAAUCCGGCGAUUUUAGAGAGUCAGUCUUCCAUUCCAGCUGAGCGAGUUGCUCCUGCAUACCGGGACUGAAACACGCAGAUGCAGCCCCAUGCUUCGGAUGUACAAUAGCCGUCAUGUGACCGGCUGUUACAGAACAAGAAGACUCACAAAUUGCGAUAAUAACAGGGAAGUGGUACUCCAUGCGGAGCAAAACCAAAAUAUCCUCACAGAAAACUGCGAGGUUACACAAAAGAAGCGGUCCACACAGCAAGACAGAAGAACGAUAUUGUAUUAAACAGCGGGACUGAAAAAUUAGCACAAGUGUAAUUAACCUAAUAAGAGCGAGUCACAUAAGAACAAAGCCUCGUUUUGACUUUCUGGUGCAGUCUCUCAGUUUACCCUCCCUCUGUUUAUUUCUUGUUUUAGUUUUUUUUUUUUUCUUUUCUUUUGGUUGAUGAAAAAAAAACCCAACUUGUGUGAAUCCUCUACGGUUGUAGCUUGGGCUAAAAGGGCUCGGGUUGAUUGCGUGCGUGUGCUCGUGUUGUUCCAGGGGAGAAAUGGCAGAGUUCCGCCCCAGUCACAGAGUGACAUUGUGAAAUACUUCACAUAGCUCUUAGCAACAGUGAAAUUACCUCAUAGUUGCUAUAGAAAUGUUACUGUGUGUAUUGAACUUUGCACAAUGUCUUGCAGAGAUAGGGAGCAUCAGCUAGAGCUGGUGUCAUACUACUUUUGUAAAUCUGGAAAUGUAAUCAAAAUAUGAAUUAUCGGAAAUAAGCUACGUAUCAUUCAUAUCAAAGUCAAGAGUUUGUUUCGGCUGAUAUCUCACCGUCGGUGUCUUGGUUUUAGUUUCUGUCAGAUUUGUUACUGUACUUGUGUGCCUGUCGUAUUACGGGAGCCUAAUGGACCGAAUCUUGUCGACCGGAUGACGAAAACAGUGACAUCACAUAUUAUCCUAGUUAAUGCAUCGAGAAUUUCUUUAACUUGUGACUUCCUUCUGUAUGGCUGUUAUAUGAUAAUAAUGAAAAAUUCAUGGGUAAUUAUUGUCUCAACUUUCCGGAGAAAGAAAGAGGAGAUUGAAACAACGCAGGUUCGUUUGCUAACAUCGGUUGUCAUAGUACCUCACGCUCACUUAUGAGUCACGAUGACAAAGACCUUUAAAUACAACAAACACAGAUACGCAAAAAUCCCACAACGCCACGGGAGCUUGUCUUAGUAUGACGGCCAUGACCGAGACUGAUGUUUCUAAUACACAACAAGUUUUUCAGUACACGGAGGGGAUUGUCUACAUUUUGACUUGACUUUUGCAGCACAUGACUAUGACUGAGUUUUCAUUAGCUCUUAUUUCCAAGUUCAUUUCUACAUUGUUGUUUAUUCUUCAAUGUCUUUAUGUUAUGUGUUUGGCACGUUCAGCAGUCAGUAUCCCACAAUAUGAAACAUCUUUGGCACAUGUGAACAUAAUAUUUAAUGUCCUAUAUUAGAGAAUAAACUAAAACAUCAACACAGAGAGAAUGAUGUACACCGGACAUGAAAAAAACAACAAUAUAUCCAAUUUAUUAACAUAUCGGCAUUAUUUGUUCAUUGUUUCUAAUUGCCUUUCAACCUCCAGUUAAAAUAUGUUAUGGUAAUCAUCUACAAUAACUUUCAUUAAUAUGUCAUUAACAAACAUAUGAUGCUUAACAGAUCUGCUAAAGGUGUUCUUAAAAGAUUGUAACUUCAGUAUAUUUUAACGGAGGGAUGGAGGGUAAUAAGCAACAAUGAAGCUCAGUGAAUCAGUAGACAUAAAAGGGCUAGCUCACAUUAAAUUGUAUUUCUUUCUCUUUUUGUAAUGGUAUAUCUGACAUGUAUAGACACAGUAUACGGUCAAUACUGUCAUGACAACAUUUUACAAAAGGAUUACUAAUUAAAUGCACAAUUUCAUACAACUUAAAGGUUUAGUUCACCCAAAAAUGAAAAUUAUCCCAUGAUUUACUCACCCUCAAGCCAUCCUAGGUGUAUAUGAUCUUCUUUCAGACUAAAACAAUCAGAGAUAUAUUAAAAAAAAAAUAGCCUUGCUCCUCUAAGCUUUAUAAUGGUAGUAAUGGGGGGGUGUGAUUUUGAAGCCAAAAAAAAAAAAUGCAUCCAUCCAUCAUAAAAGUAAUCCAUAUGGUUCCAGGGGGUUAAUAAAGACCUUCUGAAGCAAAGCGAUGGGUUUUUGUAAGAAAAAUAUCCAUAUUUAAAACUUUAUUAACUAUAAUAACUAUCUUCCGGCAGACGGCCGUCCAUUGUUUUCAUAAUGGAUGGAUGUAUUUUUUGGGGGCUUCAAAAUCUGGCCCCCCCCUUUACUACCAUUAUAAAGCUUGGAAGGACCAGGAUUUUUUUAAUAUAUCUCUGAUUAUGUUUGUCUAAAAGAAGAUAGUCAAAUACACCUAGGAUGGCUUGAGGGUGAGUAAAUCAUGGGAUAAUUUUCAUUUUUGGGUGAACUUCCCUUUAAUGUCAUACAAUGGGUAGAUUCUCAUACUGAAAUCCACUGGUCCUAUUUGAUCUUCAGCUGCUGGGGCCUCAUUUAUAAAAUGUUGCAAAGAAACCGCCCUACAUUUGAUCUUACGAUCAUUUCUCAAAUGUGCGUACGUGUGAUUCAGAGAAUGAACAUACACAAAAAAAAUAAAAUAAAAUAAAAUGCGCGCAUGCCUCCUUCCCAGAAGAGAAACUAUAAUUCACAAAUGUUCUUGAAAUUGUCUGCAGCUGAAUGGUUUCAGAUGGUCUCCAAAUCCGUUACUUGAGAAUGGCGAGUGGCAAGAAUUGCUUAGAUUUCCAAAUACCUGCAGUACUCCGACUCUCUGCCUCAAGGAAAAGUGUAUAUGUCUGCUUAGAACCUGACAUGGCGCUAAGCACUUUUCCACGUCAAAGACCGUUCUUAUAAAUAUGAACAUUUUAUAAAUGAGGGCUCUGAUUACAAUGGUUUAAACUUCCAGGCAUAAACAGGAAAAAAAAAUUCAUCCAAAAGAGCAACUCAGAUAUCUAUUUUAAAUAAAUGUAUUUCAGACUGAGUUCAAGUGAAUGGGAUGUUUACAAGUGAAUCAGCCAAACAUCUGCUCAAGGAGAUUUUAAAUCAUAACGAUGACCAUAAUAUUAAUUAGUUAAGGCUACAGAAGCCUGAUGACGUGUAAUUAUUAACAAGAGAUUAUCAAGAGAUUCUUAUUCAGAGUAAUCAUAUGGUAAAGUAUGUAUACAUAAAGAAUGUAUUAGAUUGAUUAAAAAGGAAUUAUUUAUUUUUUAAUCUUUCAUGCAUGGUAUCCUAUGCAUACAUUAUAGAUUUAAUUUUACAAAUAAUUUUACUCAAUCAUUUCUGACAAAUGCACAAUUAUAAUAAUUAUGAAAGUGGCAAUAAUUAGCUCAUUCUAACUGUACAGAUAAGGAUAUUUACAGUAUGUUCUUGAUGGUACAUUAAGCUGGAAGGCAGAAUCAUAUCCAAAAUAUGUUUUACACUACCUGUACUUUUGGUGUAUAAUUAUGACACUAAUGUUGACGUUGCACACAAAUAUUGUCAUGGGGGAUCAUGCUUCUCAGAACAACCCUAAGGACUGUAUGACACUAUGAAGUGUACUAAAAACAAAUAUGAAGACAUUCAUAGCACCACAUGAAGACAUACCAUGCACCACAAACUGUUCUUUUUACAAUGGAAAGGUAAGCACUGGUCCGUCUAUCUAUUGUAUGUACUGUAAUCAUGUCAUUACCAUUAUGGGAAAAGUCAAUUUGACAGUUUCGUUUUAAGGAAAUCACUGGAAAAACACAAAAACUGAAUAAAGAGAUACAAGGUAGUGCUUUAUAUGAUUUUUAUUUGGAUAUGUUCUAUACUGUGGAUUCAAAUCACUGUGUGUGCAUGUGUUUGUGAAUCAAGCGAAACACAAGGUUAACCCGCUAACGCGUUGCUUUUGAAAAUGCAUCAUGGUCUAUUGAAUGCACAUCUGGUUGUUUAGGACCGUCUUGGCAAUAACCUAGGAAAUGAAGUGAAGAGCUGAUUUGUUGGUCACUUAAAUCUGUGAUGUUACCUAAAAAACUGAAAAUGAUCUAAAUGUUGUGUACUUCUAAAGCAAGAAAACACUCAUUUGUGCAAAGAGAUUCAUGAAGACUUGUGAAAACUGUUGGGCUGGACUCCAUGCGUAUUCUGGUGUGAACUGGUCUAUCUUUGCAUCAUGUAACAAGGCCUUGUCAUCACCCCAGGAGAAUGAACAACCACUUCUAAUGUAUAUAAUGUAAACAACUUAUUUUUUCUGUAGAGGUACAAUACAACGAUAGUGGGGGAUGUUACAAAUGACGUUAAAAAGACAGAAUGUUAGCAGUGAGCGUGUAUGUCUGUUUGCCACUGUGUGAAAACGUGCUGUCUACAAGUUUACACAUCGCUAUACAAACUAUUUAUUCUGUGCUGGAAGACUUACCGCUCUUUUCUUUUCUUUUUUUUUUUCUUUUUUUUUUUUUGGUCCUUUUGCUUUAUUUUUAUUUUUUUUAAUUUGUCAUCUCUUUUGAGUUCACAAAACUCGUCACUGCCCAUCAAGAACAAAAAAGAAAAGAAAAAAAAAAAGAACUCCACAAAUCUGUUGUUUUGUUUUUCUAUACAGUGCUUUUUGGAAGUGUACACUUGUGUGCUCCACUGCUGUACCGUCCCGUGUGUUUGUAAUGGCACACACACAGACACACAGGAGCUCUUGAACAAAUCAAAGUGGAUGUGUUCAUUUCAUAUUUCUUGUACCCUUAAACUGCAUGGAAAUCAUAACAUUUUUAAUAAAUUAUUGCAAAAAAUGUUUUAUUAAUAAAAUAAUUAAAAAUA